GCGAGGGCCCGCCCAACGCUGCUUGCAGCUUUAAUUAAAAAAUGCUUUGCUUAUCUUGGUGAAUGUUGUUAAAAAAGCAAAUUGGACCUUUAUGACAAAAAACAAAAGACAAUAAAAAAACUAUGUUUCUGCUUUGUUUUGAGGAAUCUGCAUGAACAUGAGCAGUGAUAUCUGUCACCUAGAGAAACUCCGAAUUUGGCAACCAAUUCUUGUACAUAAUAAAAAGUAACAAAAAAUAUGAUAUAAUUUGAUCCAUCCUCUGAGAGUAAAUUCCACAGGCUUAAAGUGCAAGUGAUGUGUUACCACAUCCUAAAUGUAUGCUCUCAAAUUUCAACUCAUUCCCUCAACAUUGCCUGCUCAUGAUCUUUAUUCUGUCCCUUCAGUUUAAUAAUUAACACAUUAACAUAUGAGAUGACAGAUUGUUUUUGUCCAUGUCAUAAAACCUCAUCUUCAAGGUUCAGGCGCAGAGAAAAUGAAGGGAUGCUUAAUAAUAAAAAAAAAUUCAAUUAAAAGUAGCGCCCAUAAGGUUUGAUUAAUAAGUGGUAUCAUCACACACUAGAUGCACAAAAAAACACAACAAAGAUCUCCCACAUCAACAUUCAGAAACAUGUUUCUAUAAAGUGAAUCUUCUUUCCUGCAGCUCCGGUCCGUAAAGUCGACAUUCAGCAGGUUGAAAACAGAAUCACCUGCAGCUCAGAUGGGAUCUACCCUGAGCCUGAGCUCACCUGGAUGACCAGCCCUCCAUCCAAUCUGACCGUACUGAACAAAUCCACAGUCCAGAAUCAGCAGCAGCUUUACAACAUCAAAAGUUCUUUGAUGCAUUCAGACAGUAUUUCUGAUCUGGUCUACAGCUGCACCAUCAGCAGUGACAGAAAAAAGAGGACAGCCACUUUGUUUCAACAAACUACUAUCAUUGGUUCCCACACUGAAACAACAAUCCCCUGCACUUCCUCAAACACUCCCCUAACAGGCCUUGUCUGGAGAUUCAACAGUCAGAUUGACAGUCAGAUCAUCCUGAACCAGACCAGGGCUGGCGUCCCCUACAAAGUGUCAGAGGAGUGGAGGCAGCAGGUGAAGGGUGUUUCUGAGUCAGGCAGCCUCACGUUACAAGACUUGUCUUCAAAUCAUGAGGGAAUCUACACCUGUGAACUCAGUGAUGCUGAAGAGACAUAUCUAACUAUUCUAAAAACUAUAAAAGACCCUUCAGCUGAUGCGAGAAUGCAGGAAACCACAUACAUUGUAGUCGGGGUAGUCAUUGUGAUUUUAGUAGUUAUUGGAGGGCUGGCAGCGUUAUUUAUAUACAAGAAAACCAAUUGGUGUAAAAAAACGCAGAGGGCCACAGAUCAGACGGAUGGACCACCAGAGUCAAAUCCACUAAAAGACUAAAGCCAAAUGAGGAGGCCUUCUUCAUUGACGAUUGAAGGAUAAAAUGAUACUUGAUGCACUUAUUUUCUGCUGUGAACAUAAACUCUGGCAGGGAGCGUUCAAGACCUUCAGUUCUGUGUUUUGGAGACGUUCGGCAAACAGCUUAUCAAAACUGAUUAAUGAAGGAUGAGGACACUUUGCUAUGAGACUAUUAUGGUCUGCACUACGCUGCUUCUACACUGCAAAAUGCUUUGCAGGGAUUGUUUUUGCGAGACUACAGCAUGUUGUAAAAAUAGACUCUCUCUGGUUUGUCUAUAAAAAGCACAAGCCAGAUACGUUAUCAGGCAUAGACUGAAUGUAUACAGUUUUGCUUCCAGCUGGUGGUUAUUUAUGAUUAACAUUUUGGGCAAAAUACAGAGCAUUUUUACAACUGAACAAAAAGCCAGGAUGGGGUUUUACAGAAUUUUCUAUUAACGUUUGAACAGUUUUUGUUAUUUCACAUGAAGGAUAUGUUUGUUUGUGUUUUUGGUCUAUCUUUCCUCACUGUUUUGAAGUAGAAAGGUCACAUGUUUCGAUGGACCACUUAGAGUUAAGCAACAUUUGACUCAAUAUCUGAUAACAGCUGCUGUUUGUUUGGAAUUUAUGACAGUUAAAGGGAUAGUUUGGGAUUUUUAGAAGUUGACGUAUAAGGCUGAACGAAGUACCUGAAGUACACUGAAGUAGUCAGUGUAGUUGCUGCAAUAAUACACGUAAACUAAGCAAUGUAGUGCUGUGACAUUGUCAGCAGCUUUUUCAAACUAGAGAUAUGCUGACGGCCCUCUACUACAGGUAGAACACUAUGAAUAAAUACCUCAUACGGCUCCAAUUCAAAAAUCCUGAACUAUAGCUUUAAACAAUAAUAAGUAAGCAGUUUUCCCCAAAACUUUAACUGUUGUUGCUUAUUUAGUCAUGAAUAUGUAAUCUUACAGAGAAAUACUUUGAUUUACGAGAACAUCAGUGCCACAUUUCAUUCACUUUUGAUUUGCAAAUCACCAAAGUGAAAUAGAAGAAGUAAUGAAGUGAACAAUUAAUUAUUAUUUUUGAUGAUCAUUUUGUUGUAAAGUUUUAUUUAUUUUACUAUUUAAAAAAUCUAUUUUGAAUCAGAAAAACAGCUUGUUUUGAUGCCUGUGUGAUGAAGCAUUUUCCAGCUGAUCCAAGGAGGGUUUGUGUGUUGGUGGAGGGUUGGUUUUCAUCACAGACGUGAAUUUAACAUUAACCAUCUGUAUGUCCUUUUAAAGCCUGGUACCAUAGAUGUGACCUUUAUUAUGUUCAGCCUCGCGGAAAUGAAUAAUAGGUCUCCAAAGAUUUCCUGCAGAUGACUUAGAAUAAAAAAUAAAUAUAUUGCAAUUACCUUUCUAGCCCUUCAGCACUAACAUCGUACUCUCUGGUCGACCUAUCAAACAAUGUUAUUGUUUUUUAAGGGCCCAUAAUUUAGGUGGAGCCUAGUUUGAGUCAGAGUUGUUUUCUGGUGCUCAGGUGAAUUGAGUGUUCUCGUUCCUUUCAUCUGCAGAUCUAGAAAAUGUCAUCCAAGUUUUUCUCUUUUCCAGACUCAACUAUUGCAGCACACAUCAAAGAGUACAUCUGCCACAAAACAUUGCUGCUAAGUUUUUAAAACAUAAGUGACUACAUCACACCAAUCCUUGAUGUAGGAUUGAUUUGAAGAUUUUACCACUAAUUUACUGAUUGUUACGGAGUAGAAACAGAAACUAAGACAUGAACACACAGCAACAUAACAAUCUGGCAAGGAACCAAGGAAGUGAACUGGUAUAAAUGGUGAACAGCUGAUGAGCGAAUGGCGGAACAGGUGUGUAGAUGGGUGGAGCAGUCAGGUCACGUGGAAAGGAAGGAAAGUCUAAGGGCAUCAUCUGGUGGACAGAUUGAGGAUAGCAGGUCUGAAGAGUUGAGAGAAUAAUUCAGAGGGAUGAGGAUGAGAGUGAGAAGCAAACUGUGACACCUCCAGCUUCUAUCUGAUCUGCUAACUCCCUAUGAGCCUUAUCGCUGCUUCAGAUCCUCCAGCAGGGCCCUACUAAUGCAACAAAAUCUUAGCUAGUCAUUGAAGAUCAUGACUUUUCUUAGCUGAUGGUAUUUGUUCCAGUUGUUUAAAUUGUUUUAUCUUUUGGAUUUAUUUACUUAUUUGUUUUUACUGCAAGACACCUUGUAACAGUGUUUUUGAAAGGUGCAAUACAUUUUCAAAAAGUGAUUUUAAUGAAAUGUUAAGGGCUGUGAGAGGAUGUUGACUGACCUACAGUCAAACCCAAGCUUCAACAAUCAAUACUUGGCUAAGUAUUGAAAGAUUUCCGAUUCAUGACGUCAGUACUGUGACUUGUAGUUUCCAGGUAUAACAAGUCAGACCAGUUAGCCAGUCUUAGUGAAAUUCACUAAGUUAGCACUGCUGAUUUAUUUUGUUUAGUUCAUCAAACAGUGUCGACAGAGGAAGUUUAACAGAAGGAUGACUGGGGGGAUCAGGUGUGUCGUGUUUGUGGUCCUGACCUUUCUGCUGAGUCUCGCAAGAGGAGAUGUUGAGGUCUCCUGUGUUUUCAUGAAAAGUUGCAUCUUACCGUGCACUUUUCGGGCCGGCUCUGACGUGGUCAUCCACUGGAUUCAGGUGACAGGAAACACUCCUGUUCACUCCUACUACCACAACCAAGACCAGCUCGCAUACCAGGGCCAGAAUUUCAGCGGCAGGACAUCACUGUUCAAGGACCAGAUCUCCAGAGGAAACGCCUCGCUCCAGCUGACAGGGGUGCAGGUUCAGGACCAGGGCAGAUACAAGUGCUACACCAGCAUCAUCACUGGAAACAAGGAGUUAUUUAUCAGCCUAAAAGUGGCUGAAGAAACACAAGGAGAGAAAGAAACCAUCAAAUACAACACAAAUUUAACUGAUGCUGAGGUCUCCUGUGAUAUCAUGCAAAACUGCAUCUUACCGUGUAGCUUCCAGGGUGGCAAAGAUGUGGUCAUCCACUGGAUUCGGGUGACAACAGGAGACACCCCUGUCCACUCCUACUACCACAACCAAGACCAGGGCCAGAACUUCGGCGGCAGGACAUCACUGUUCAAGGACCAGAUCUCCAGAGGAAACGCCUCGCUCCAGCUGACAGACGUGCAGGUUCAGGACCAGGGGAGAUACAAGUGCUACACCAGCACCAUCAGAGGAAACAAGGAGUUAUUUAUCAACCUAAAAGUGGACGACCCUUCAAAAAUGCAGGAAAACACAUUACUUGGAGAGUUUGCAAUCAUUGUGGUUUUAGCAGUUAUUGGAUGGCUGGCAGCAUUCUGUAUAUACAAGAAAAAUGCAGAGACCACAGAUCAGACAGGAUUAAGUGACCAAGCUGAAUCAUCAGAGUUAAUGCCACUGAAAGGCUAGAAGAAAUGGAGAAAAUAUAAGCAGAAGACAAAUAAGUAGUCAAACCUCUCCACUAACGAUUAAAUGACACUUGAUGCACUUACUGUAUUUGUUUCUGGGAACAUAAACCUGAAGAAAGAGCGUUCAUGCUGAAACAAGACCUUCAGUUCUGCGUUUUGGAGCCGUUCAGCAAACAUCUUAUCCAAAUUGAUCAAUGGAGGAGACGCACUACACUGCUUCUUCAUUACAAUGCAGACCAGUAUACAAGACAGGGAUGUUUUUGGGAGACUCCGGCUGGUGAAGUACAGCAUAUUGUUCCUGCUCUACCUCGUUUCCCGAUACUCUACUCAGACUAAACGUUAAAGAAGAAGUAAUAUUAAAAACAGACUCACAGAGACUGUUGGACUGGAGCAGAGGCGGCUCUGGUUUGUCUAUAAAAAGCACAAAUAAAAGAUAGAAAUCAAGACAUAAAACACUUAAUUUGGGGCAAAAUAACAGAAGUUCAAAAAGGCUGAAAUUAAAUCUUUGGUAAAUUGAUUCACUAAAAUUAUUGCUGGGCAAUGAUUAAAAUGUUUAAGCGCGAUUAAUAGUAUUGUUAUGUGCAAAAUUGAUAAUGAAUUCUAAAGUAGUAUAUUGCGCACGUUUAAUCUAAAUGUACUGCUAUAUACACAAAAGUGCAAUAACAUGUGUUUUGUAAACACUUAAGGGUGCUUUUUACCAGCAGUAUUCUCUUUACACAGUAGCAAUAA